AAGCAAGUAGGAGGAGGAAGGAAGGAAGGGAGACCUGAGACCUGAGUCCGCAUAUCGUCGUUCGUCGCCGUUAAGAAAGAGCUGUCGCGAUACUCUAUCGAUAUUUGGCCCAACACAUCAAUCCACGCUCGCAAACAGCAGCACAGUGCACACCACAAUGUCGCCUCCUCCACCUCGCUCGCCCGAUCCCCCGCACCCGCAUCCGCACGGGAUCCGUCCCCCGCCACCACCACCACCACCACCACCACCACCAGCACAACAACCACCACAACCACCACCACCACCACCAGCACAACAACCACCACAACCACCACCACUAACACCAUCACUCCUUCGCCUCCCCCCCGACCUCCUCACAGCGAUCGCGCACUCCCUGCGGCCCCCGCACCUCCUCGCUUUCCUCCUGACGUGCCGGCGGCUACACCGCCUUUUACGACCCACGUACCACACGCUCUCGGCCUCUCACCCCGCCGCGCUCCUCUCCGCGACUCUCCGCCUCAACGUGCCGCUUACGACCUCCCUCCUCACUGCCGGCGCCCCGCCAGACACCGCCGAUGCGCACGGGAUCUCAUGCUUGGAGCACGCCGCGCGCGCCGGCAGCGUGGCGCUAGUAGUGGCGCUGAUCUCCGCGGGCGCCACGGUGGCCGCACGGAAGGGCGGCCGGCAGUUCCCGCUAUUCUCGCCGCUGGAUCUAGCCGCGAAGGGCGGGCACACCGAGGUCAUGGGUGUGCUCGCGCAGGAGCUCGCGCGGCGGUAUGAUAAGAAUGAGGUUGAGGAGGCGAUAGGGAGGGCGCUGGUCCUGGCGGUGAGUGAGAGGAGGGAAGCGGCGGUGGAGUGGGUGCUUAGGUGGGGGGGGAGGGUGGGGAAGGAGCGAUUGGGCGAGGCGCUGCAUAAAGCUGUGGCGAUUAAUGCGGUCGGGGUUAUGGCGCUGUUGGUGGGCGGGGGGGCGGAGGUGGAUGGGAGGGCGGGCGGGGUCACGCCGCUGCAGAGGGCGGCGGAAAGGGGGAGGGAACAUAUGGUCGGCGUGUUGUUGGAGUACGGCGCGGAUGUCAAUGCGGUGGACGGCGUGGGGCUGACGCCGCUGCAUUACGCGGUCAAGGGGAAUACGGUCGGCGUUGUCGAGUGUCUCCUCGAGGGCGGCGCCGAUGUCGAUAAGGCGUGUGCGCUUGGAAGCCCGUUUGAGGCGGCGGUGAGGAGGGGGUGGGGCGCGGGCGUGGAGGCGAUGGCACGGUGGGGGCUCGAGGGGUGGGACCUCGUCGCGGUCUGGGGGUUUGUUAAGCAGAAGAGGAAUCGCGGGCUCGAUGAGGGGUUCCUCAGAGCUGUUGCGGAGGUGUUUGGUGAGGAUGUGGCGGAGGGGCUCGUGGAGGGGCGGUAUGGUUAACGAACGACACGAUGCGGAGGAUGCGGAUUCACGAGAUGUCACCCGGUGUUUGGAUUUGUAUUUUUUCUUCUUUCUCUUUACUUUUCUUUUUUUUGUUGGUCUGGUCUGGGUUUGGGCGGGCGCUUCAAGCUUCUUCUGCGGGAUCGGGGGGAGUUGGGGAGGGGGCAUAUUGUCAUUUAGCGAGGGGAUAGAAUGUUGGUUGGAGUGUACUUGGGAGGAGUCUGGGGCCAUUCGUUGUAAAUAUAUCAAAGCUUGAGCGUUUUGUAUGUACAUACUAGUAACUAGCAUAGCACCGUCUUCACGGGCAGGGCAAAGGAUCGAGAGAGAGAGACAUUCUGCUCUCUCUCUCACCAUUCACCACUUUCCACUCGAUCGCCGUGCCGAGAUGUUUGACACCUGCGGGUGGAUGUGCCGACUACCUA